AUGUACAAAUUUUCGUUCGUUAUUCAUACCAACCAAAACAUCGAAGAGGGAAGCAAAAAACAAAUUGGAAAUACCAUUAAGGAUGACGGACUGUUUGGUAAAAUCAUCUUUUCACCUCAUGAUAGCAAUAGAAUUGAAUGUAUACAAAUUGAAUUACAGACUACACUGCAAAUGAAAAACCAAAACAAUACUUCCGACCUUGAUAUGCAACAUAAAUUGGAAGAAUGUAUGCUUAAAAUUGUAUGCCAACCAUUUGUUGAGAUAAUUAAAGAUUGGCAUAGUGUUUCUUAUGAAACUAAUCCGCAAUUGUUUAUUCGUAGUCCUGGUUAUGAAAUUGAAAGAUUUUCAAAAGAUACAUAUCCGCACAUCCAAUCACUAUCUGAUACCGACAAGGUGUACGGGUUGUUGGCAGAGGCUACUGAUAAGAGCUAUUGGAAAAUGCAGACGGCUCAGAAAAUAUUCAAAGCCGCAGAUUGGGAGAACAAAAAGAAGUGGCAACACGAAACUUUUAUAAAUGUGAAAACAAAAAGCAAGGACCUCUCAAAGUUAGAUUUAACUACUGAAGAUGAUGGUGCAAUUGGUUCUCCAUCUUCAACACAGAAAGAUGUUUCUUUGGAAGUGAAAGGGGUUGCGUCCACAAUCAGUAUGAAGUCCAAAUCUUCCACUUCAUCAGCAAAAUCAGUUAAGAGAGAAACCAAUUAUUAUUCAGAUCAGAAAUCUGUUAAUAUUGGAGAUUCUGUAUCAAAAGCUACUCAAGAAUUAUCUACUUCUUCUUCAUUGGUAAAAGAGGUUUCAAAUAAGCUCGAGGAAUUGCAGAAACUUAAUAGCAGCCAAAUUGAGGAAGUGAGAAAGGAAGUUCAGGAAAUGAGAGAGGAAUUGCAGAAACAAUUCUCCAACAAGAUCGAUCUUAAUAGCAGUCAAAUUGAGGAAGUGAGAAAGGAAGUUCAGGAAAUGAAGAAGGAAGUGAGAAAGGAAGUUCAGGAAAUGAAGAAGGAGGUUAAGGAAAUGAUUCAAACACUUUUAAACACAUUUAAAUAA